ACAGUGAAACCAACCUGACCUCUGUGUCCAGUGCUACUGCACCUGGGGAAGAAAACAACACUUCUCUGGUGUACAUCUGGGCUACCUGACCAUGUUCCUGGGGAUCUACUAUCCUGUAGGUUUUCCCUCCAGCCUUAACAUAGCACACCUCAUUUAACAGCUAGAGACCUCAUUGAGCUCCUGCUUAGUAGAAUCAGCCUCCUUCCUUUACAUCUGAGAUAAGAAAUCAGUGAAUAUGAGGGCCUUGCUGGUUUCAGUGGUUUUGGUGGCAUCCCUCUUCUCAAAAUGUGUCCCCGAGACUUUCACAGAAGGCCUGCCAGAGGACACACUCAAAAGGCUAUCGCUGGACGGGGAGAAGUAUGUGGAAGAGGAGAUGAAGAUGGCGCUGUUUGGUGUGAAGCAGAUGAAGGAGGUGAUGGAGAAGAACGAGGAAAAGCAUGCGCACCUGAUGAGGUCACUGCGACACAGCAGUGAAAAGAAGAAGGGGGCAAUGGAGAUGGCGAAGGAGGUGGAGCAGAAGCUGGCGGAGGCGGAGCAGCAGUGUAAGGAAGCCCUGAAGGCCUCCUGGGAAGAGUGCCGGCCCUGCCUGGAGGAUGCCUGCAAAACCUUCUACACCUCCACUUGCCGUCGCGGCUUCUCCACCUUCUCUUUCAAGGUGGAAGACUUCUUCCGCAAGACGUCUGCCCAGUUCCAGCUGGAGGACAGCCAGGGUCUGGUCCAAAGCCAGGGCCUGGGCCUGGAGAACUCAGACAUGGAGAUGAUGCAGGUGGAGGACUCCUUCGGCCAGCUGCAGCGCAGAGUCAGCGUCCUCUAUGAGAAGAGCAUGGAGCUGGUCACCAACAUGCGCAGGAAGUUUGACUGCACCUUCCGUGACGCCUUCAUCGCCAGCCUGAAGCCCAAGCCCCUCCUUCCGGCCCCUGAUGUUCUUGACGCUGACUUUCUCAAGGGCAUCGGCCUAGAGGAGGUCCUGGACUCCUUCUUUGACUUUGGCAAGAGCAUGCUGGAGGAGUUCAGCUCCGUCAUCACGGAGGUGUUUGAGGACAUUCAGGACGCUGUGCAGGAGGAGUCAGAGUUGCAGAAGGGGGCAGACGUUUUCCCCAGCUGGGCUACGAUCCAGAGCAAGAAACUGUGCAGAGACCUGCGCAGACAGACGUCUGAGUGCUGGCAGCUCCAGGGCCAGUGUGAACCCUGUCAGAGGACUGUGACACAAGAGUGCCCAAGCGUGUGGGAGCUGCACAGGGAGCUGAACGAAGUCUCUGAUCUGCUCAGCGUCUCCAGCCAGCAGUACCAGGAGGUGCUCCAGGUCGUCCAGAGGCACACGGACGACACCUUCAGCUGGCUGGGCGACAUGGUCUCCCGGUUCAGCUGGGUGGUAGAGCUGGCCAACUGCACCGCGGUCUCUGACAGUGUGUUCAACAUCACUGCUGUGAUGCCCCACAAACAGCUGGGUGACAGUGCCUCAGCCGCAAAUACCACUGUGGAGGUGAAUUUUCUGAACUCUCCCACCUUCACCCUCAACGUCCCUGCCGAGCUGGAGGUCCAAGACCGUGCUUUCGUUCAGUACGUGACCCGGGAAGCCCUGGGCAUGUACAAACAGAUGGUGAGGAAUGAAAACGCUGUGGCCUGAAAAAGCAAUGGCUGUUAAACCAUACUUUUUUGGUACAAAGGAAAAGGUAUGAAAUGAAUUCAGUCAUUUCAAGAACUGCUUAUAUUGGCUUUACAAGACAUGGGAAAAAAAUACAAUUACAAUAUGAACUAUUCAAAACAUUAAAUUACACUGUAUUUCUCUUGUGUAAUUCAACUGGUACAUAAGAGUGUGGCUGAAAUCAUCUUUCCACCACAUUUUAUAUUUAAACUCAGAUGCUCCCUUUUUGAUAUGAAUGAGGAAUUGGUUUUUAAACCUAAAUUGAACCAAAAGUGAUGUUCUUUUAAUUUUCUUUAAAUAUUUAUGUUAGAUUUAUUUUAGCUUCAAUGUUUGUGCACAUGUAUAAAAAUAUAUGUAAGGAAAGUUUAUAUACUAUACAAUGUGUUUUUAUCAAAUCACAUUCAUGCUGCAUCAUUGUUAAUGCAUGUUAAUGAAAGAAAUAAUUUUAGUGCAAGUCAUAUGUGUGAAGGAAUGAGCCGGCAAAUAUUUUGUGGCUUUUCUGUUUUGUGACAACAUAACCAUCAGUACAGGAAUGAUUCUGCCUGCGUACCACCCUGGCUGCCUGUUCAUGAGUUAUAACACCUUGGGCAGGACACCUGUCACUUUUCACUCCUCCAGUGGAAUGCCACUUCACAACUGUCAGCCUCAUUGUAAAUAUCAAUGCUCUGAGUGUUCUUACAAAACAGGAAAAUGUAUGUAGAAGAUUGCAUCCUAUGAGUUUAUAUUAACCUGUACAUUACGAUUUUCAUAUGGAAAUAAAAAGACAUUGUUAAAAGAAAAUAUAAACUUGAAAAGAAAUGCAAUUAUGGGAAAUAAAACAAUGUAAACAUA